CAACACAAAAUUCAUUUUCCCACUUUUAAAAAAAUAACAAAGCACAUUCUCUGACAAAUGCCGCCGCAUAAUGUCUACACGGGACGCGCAAACAAGGGCACGCUCACCACCGUAGAGUCCGCCGGCAAACUGUACAUUGUGUAUGCAUCAGGACAGGAGGUUGUAAUUCACUCUAAUUCACGCCGCUAUGUUCAGUCAGUGUCUCACAUAAGCGUGUCGGAGACAAUAAAGCGGCUUGCGGCAAGCCCGAGUGGCCAACUGGCGACCGUUUCGGGCCACAUCAUAACGGUGUUUGAGGACACGCAUUUGGAUGGCGGUGAAUGGAAAUACGCUUCUCACUUUGCCCUAGAGCGCACGAACAGCGGGGACCUAAUAAAUUGCUGCGAGUGGAUGGACGACCAAAGGCUUCUCUUGGCAAUUGACGAUAUUCUAUCGCUGUGGGCGGUUUCUGAGGGUGUUUGGACAAAGCAGUGGGAACGGUCAGUCGGCUGCCACAUUGACAAGAUUUCAGCGGCAGCUGGCCAGGCAGUAUUUGCCACGGUGUCUUUUGAUAGCCGGAUGGUCAAGGUCUGGCAGAUUCCGGAAAUCGGCGGAUACUUGCGUUUCCACAGCGAUCUUAGGUUUGUGCUGGCGGCAACUAUUGACGCUGCCAUGGAUUAUGCAGAAAGCAGGCUAGGUUCAAACAAGCGCCGAAAACUGGUUUCUGUCAAUGCGCAGUGCCGGCAACGGACGCGAACAAUUAUUCAAGACAGCGACGCGUUGAAUAUCAGCAAGUGCAGCGCUGGCGACAACAGCAAGUCAGCGGCUUUUUUGGCGAUGACGAAGGCAGCAGUACCAAAGCGCAUGGUUCCAGCGAGAAUGCGAUCGAGGGUUACACUUCAGUUGCAAAUUCCACUGUUGGCAGCAACCACUGCCCCACUUCCGAUUACAUAUAUGGUGUGUACAGCGAUGGAUCGAUGGAGGUUUGGGAGUUGUCUCCGCAUACACAUCUAUGUACUGUGGUCAAAGUAAACACUGUAAUCCAAACAGGGGCCGUCCGUGGCGCAGCAAGUUUGCCGAUGACCAGCAG